ACCAAUCAAAGGAACUCCUCCCCAAAAAGACACCAACCAACAACCAGAGAGGCCCAGAGCCUCUUCACCUGCAACUCCAUGGCUGAGCUUGAGGUGAUGAUGCCACUGCCAGAACUCAUCUCCUUCCUCUCUUCUCUCCUCCAGAGAGUGGCCACUUCCAAUGACCUCAACCCAAAGCUCCACACCCAGAAAAUUUCAGCCUUCCAUGGCCUCACAAGGCCCUCCAUUUCCAUCCAGAGUUACCUUGAGAGGAUCUUCAAGUAUGCCAAUUGCAGCCCAUCUUGCUUCAUUGUUGCCUUCAUCUACCUUGACAGGUUCUCUCAGAGCCAACCCUCUUUGCCCAUCAGCUCCUUCAAUGCGCAUAGGCUCCUGAUUACCAGUGUCAUGAUUGCUGCUAAGUUCAUGGAUGAUAUGUACUACAACAAUGCAUACUAUGCAAAAGUUGGAGGAAUAAGCAGAGCAGAGAUGAACCUCCUUGAAGUGGACUUCCUAUUUGGGUUGAAAUUCCAAUUGAAUGUCACCCCCAAUGCAUUCCACAGCUAUUGCUCUUUCCUACAUAAGGAAAUGUCCUUCCAAUCUCCUCCACAUUUGGAAAGACCCCUAAAUCUCCAUUGCUCCUUCCAUGAAGAUGAAUCCACCAACUGUUUAAGCAUUUUUGGAGUAUGAAUUCCAUUUUUUUUUUUUAAUUUUGAAUUUUGAAUUUUGGAUUUGCUUUUGGGUAGUUGGAUUUUUUUGGGUUUUUUUCCCAGCUGUCAUAGAUGGAGUUUUCUUCAUAAUCAAAGCUUAGUUUUGAUA